AUGGGUUCUGAGAAUGUUUUCAGUGGUUUUUCUGUGUCUGAUUCUCAGUCCCCAAACGCUCUUUCUCCGACUUCGGCCCCGGCCCAAACCCCGCUUUACCGCCUUGUCGGCGGCAGCGCCGCGGCAGAUAACGGGGAAGCUUCCAGGGGGAGAAAUGCGGCUGUGAAGGACCGCCACACCAAGGUUAACGGGCGUGGACGGCGGGUGAGGAUGCCGGCGCUCUGCGCCGCUCGCAUCUUCCAGCUGACGAGGGAGCUCGGCCACCGCACCGAGGGGGAGACGAUUCAGUGGUUGCUUCGCCAGGCGGAGCCGGCGAUCAUCGCCGCCACGGGGACGGGAACUACUCCGGCGUCGGCGGUCACCACGUCCCCGUCCGGCGCCGUCAUUGCUUCCGGGCCGCCGCCGUCCGCGAUGGCGCCGCUGGCGGGGAUGAGCCGGGUGCUGCCCCUGCCUAUCCCUUCUCCGUCCGUCGUCGGCGCUAGUAGGUACGUGGCGGCGGCGCCGACAAACCGGGUGCAUCAAUUGUCGGUGCCUUGCCUGGGAAAUGGCGGUGGCAGGUACAUGCAGGCGGCGGCGGCGGCGGCGGAGAUGGGGUUGUUCUCGAUCACGCGGCCGUGUUGCCGGUUCGACUUGAUUCAGCCAUCAUCAUCAGCAGCACAGCAUGAUUUCUCAGGCAACGUUCCGUCGUUCACGUCGAUGCUGAUGCAGACGUCGCCGACGAUGAAUGAUGUGGAGGGGGGGCACUAUGAAGAUGUUGGGAAACAUUAGUCGUUAGAUAUACAUACACCUCUCUCCUGUAUUCUUAGCUUCUCUGUGUGUUUCUUGAAAAUGGCGUAUUCCGGGGGGUAGGUGGUUAGGGUUUCAUGGACAAAAAACUUAUCUAAUUUUCUAUUUGUUGCAAAUUCAGAAAGAAAUGAAAGUUUAGGGGUUAUUCUGGGUUUUAGAUACUCAAAUUAUGAAAAAUGAAAUGAAAGAGCAGUUUUAUUUUGGAAAAAUAAAAAAUACUUUUUUGUGUUUUGUGAUCA